GGAAAGUGGCGGGCGCACGCUGGGCGUGAUUAAGAAGAAAAAUCCCGUUGUCAGAGAAUGACCCUGUGCGCCAGCCCGGAUUUGCAAAGCCUCCCGCCGUGAUCCCCUCGAGCCCGCUGUUCGUCAGGCCCGCCCAAAGGGCUCCUCUUUUCAGGACUCGCUCCCUGGCCAGUUUCAUUUUUCCAGCCCCACGUGUUAGUGACAUACGUUAAAAUUACUGGCGUUUUAAACGCUUUCCUUUUUCUUAAAAUGUGUUUCUUGUUCUUAAUAUUUGGAUUCAAUGACACCACAAUCUGAUUUGAUGAAAGUGGUUAGACAUACCGGACAAAGUGGUUGGCUGCUGUUAUUGGGGAACAAGUGCUGGCUGAAGCUGCCAAAGGUGAGAGAGACUCUACUCCGGCUAGAAAAAGAUACUAGGGUCCCCCCUCCCACCACUGGGCCAUACCUAACCAAAAUGGCAUGCUUCUGGCUCAGCAAAGCACGUGCUUAUUUUUAAGUUUGUGAGUGACUUCCUUGAAGUGAUUAGUAAUAUCAGAUGAAAGAAAGAGGAAGGAAGGAAGGAAGAAAUUCUUAAAUAUUUUCCAAAGGAAGAGACUUUUACAGUCAGACAUGGAACGGGCAUUCAAGCUGUGACGGGAGGAGGGUUUGUGCAUGUAUCCACUUCCUGGGUGUGGUGAAGCAAUCAACAAAGUCAUUCAUCCAUUGGUGUUCCACAAUUUGUCUGGUGUCUAUAGGCCUUGUUUUGUUGGGGAGGAAAUGACACCUCUUCCGGUUACAAGAUUGCCACACGUUUAGGAAAUAAAAAAGACAUGUGUAUGUUUCUAGCCCUUCAUAUGGAGAAAUCUCCAAUGUGUGUUAAUCCAUCUGAAAAGUUCAAUAAAACUGGGAUUGUUGUGUGUGAGUCAGACAAAAUACACAAAGUGGUAGCAAUGAGCUGCUCCAGAGAAAACUUACAUGCUGUGCAACAUGUCAUGCUGAACGUUCCCUGUUCUUUGAGUAACUGCACUGUGUAUUUGUCCAGGAAACCCUGCUCCACCUGUACUACAUUUCUCAUUCAAGGAUCAGUUUCUUCAGUCUAUUACUGGCCAAUGUCUCCAGAAAUAAAAGGGGAAGAUUCAGCAGUUCAGGAAGAUCUCAAGCAAGUUGACCAAAUGUUUCUCAGAAGUCAUAUAAGUAGCAGUGUUUUUCUACCAAUCACAGACUCUGACACUGUAUUUAAGAUUUCAUCUAGAAUCAAAAUAUACAAGUGCACAGAAUGCAGUUCCCAUUAUGCGGAGGCUGUCCCUAAAGACAUGGAAAAAAAUAGUUCAUUGCUUAAUAUGCAAGGCCAUAUAAGGAUAUGUGCAGAGCAGACGAAGAAUGCAUUGUGUUGCCUUGAUUGUUUACUGCAUUGUCCCCAUGGAGAAUUUGAAAAAAAAGAAAAGAUUGAAGUGGAAAAAAUGCACACACAUGCACUGCAGCUUUGUUAUCUUUUAGCAGCAAGAUCUGAUGAUCCAGAUCGAGGUGUGGGUUGCAUAUUAUACAGUCAGAAUGGAUAUUUUUUUGGGGCAGGUUAUAAUGGAUAUCCUAUUGGUGCAAUAUUUGCAAACCUGCCUUGUGCAGGUAGAAACAUCAAAAAAGAGUCAGGAACAGCAAAAGGACCAGUCCUGAUCCAUGCUGAAGCAAAUGCUCUACUAUUCAGAUCCAGAAAAAAAAUAGAAGAGAACGAUGUUCUUUAUUGCACGAAACCUCCCUGCUCUGAAUGUCAGAACUAUAUACAGUUUGUGGGCAUAAAGAAAAUUGUUUCUGUACAAGAAUCAACACAAUCGUCAUCAAACCAACAAGACUCCACAGACUCUUUAAAGAGCAACUUUGAAUAUUAUCAGUGGAAACCUCAAUAUGCGGAAUGUUCUGCUUCCCCCUUCAGUAAGCAAACAGAGAAUUCAGAAAAAAGAGAUGGAGAGGAAACAGAAAGAAAGAAUGAUAAAGGUCCUCCUCCUCGUCUACCAAAUAAAGAAGACUUGUGUAUCUUCUUAGCACUCCAUAUGGAAAAUUCACCAAACUGUCAAGAGCCAAGUUGUAAAUAUGUGCGUAACAAACAAAAAGAAACAAAAUUUUUCAAAACUGGAAUUGUCAUCUGUGAAGCUAACAAACCGAAAAGGAUUAUCACAAUGGACUGCUCCACUGAAGAUCUUCAUGCGGUGCCAAAAGCAUUGUUAAGAUUUCCAAAUGCACUGAGAGGCUGUGAAGUUUACCUGUCUCGAAUGCCUUGCAUCAGUUGUGCAAAACUUUUGAUUCAAGCUCAAGUUUCUCAAGUGUAUUACUGGCCUAAUCUUGAAAUACAAACAACAGAAGUAAAUCUGAAAAACAUUGAAAUGGAAGCUGAACAUGUUGAUAACAUCUUUAGGGAAAGCUAUAUCACUGCAGCAGUCUACAUACCAAUAUUAGAUGUUGAAACGGUGAAGCAAAGGAUUUUUCCACGAACAGGAUCACCACCAGAUACUAAGAACACCACUCCAAUUACCUCUGUAUAUGAUCAUAAACGAUCACCUAAACUUUUAGAAAUACUUAACCUGGCGCAUAUUAGAAAAGAUAAAUUAUUCCAGGAAUCAUACAGAGAUGAUAUUGUUAAAGCAAUCCAAUCUUUUCAGACACUGGCAGGUGGUAUUGAUACCGAAAUAAAGGAAAAUAAUUUUCAAGAGGAUAAACAUGCCAUUCAAAGAGAACCCAAGUAUAUUCAUGCAUUGCAGCUCUGUAACUUACUAGCAGCCAGAAAUGACAGUCCUAAUACUGGAGUGGGGACGCUGAUCUACAGAAAAGAAGACAUUGUUGCUGUUGGCUACAAUGGAUUUCCAAAAGGGACAGUGAAUAGUCUGUUUUCACAGAAGGAUGAUGGUAGUUGUGACCAGCAUGCAAUCAUCUGUGCAGAAGCUAAUGCAAUUAUUCUGAGAACUGAGGAUGAUCUGAGUGACACUGAAUUAAUCACCACAUGUGAGCCCUGUAGUGUUUGUGAAAACCUAAUUAAAGCAAUGAAGAUAAAGAAAAUCAUUUGGCCUAAUCGAGAUGAAAAAAAGCAACCAGAAGGUGCAACUAAAGAUCCAACAGAUGGAAUCCCACAUUCAGAAGAAGAAAAUAAUCCAAGAACUGAAUCCUUUCAAGUAAAACGCAGCAUCAAAAAAGUCAUGAGCAUUUGUGAUGAAAAGAUUUUAGCACUCCAAGCUGAUCGAGAGAAAUGUAUUAGAAAGGAUACUGAAGGAACUCCAGUCUCAGGAGAGAAGGAAGGAAAAACAAUGGAAAUACAGUCACCAGCAGAUGAGGGACAUGCUUCUGGUCAGCAGGCCAUUUUAAAUUCGUCAGCAGUGUCUGCAUCCCACAGAGAUGACAUAGUGAAAGAAGACAGAGAAAAAACAAACCCUUUAUUGGCUGAGACUGAAUCAGAACUAGAAACUGAAUCCUUGGACAAGCCAAAAGAAUCACAUAAUGCAGAAGAGCCAACUGUAAAUGCUGCAGAUGAUGAACCAGCAUAAACAUCAGAACAAUCAGAAGAGUUUUAGGGACAUGGCAACCCCCCCAAAAUAUCUCAGAUAGUUAAGUAUCAGGUUUUUAAUCUUGAGAUGCCUAUGCAUUUUAAUUUUAUAGGUACCUCUUUCCAUAAGUCUCUAGGCAUCUUAGCAAAAAUAACUGAAAACAUAAUAUAUGACAGUUCCACACACACAGCUCUAGUAGAGCUUCCUAAUCUGGCUGGGCAUUUCCCAGACUGUUGUGUUUGGGAUCCAGUGAUAUGGGCCCUGUGUGCUCUUUAAGUCUCCUGAACAGAGUCCAGACCUUACCCCUGUGACAGUGAAAGCCAACAGACACACAGACAAACUUUGCACAGCAUUCUAAAAUACCAUUACUCUUUACUUAGCAACACAAGAGAUACACAGACAACAUAAUAAGCACAACUCAGUUUCCUCACCACUCUGGAGAGUUCUUUGGACUUGGGCUUCCUCUGGGAUGUCCAGGAUCCUUCUUUUGCAGCUCUUGGUUUCUUUUUAGAAUCAUUGAGUACUUCUAAGUUAGCUAGGUUUCUCUGACCUUGAGCAUGCACUUCUCUUCCUCUCUCCUGCCCAAAGCUUCCUGUGUCUUAAUCUGUGAGUCUUCCCUCACAUUUUUAUGGCCACUACCAACUUCUAGUUACUUUGUUCUCCUGCUGGGUAUUUUCUGAUUCCCCUUCCUGCAGAGACACUUGGUUGAACUGAUUUCCCUACUUGGGCAAUCUCCUUAGCAUACCCUUUGGUCAGAGAACAGUCAUUAAGGUUCACAACUCCCUGGUCUGGUGGAAUCCACAUCCUCACAGAAGUGUUUCCUGAUACAACAAUUUCAUGAUUUCAUAACAUCAAACAAAAUUCAUAAGUUGUACCUGGAGUCCCCAAAUAAUCACAGUGACACAUAAUGCGGAAAUAUUUGGACAUAUGCAGGAAAAUUAUUUGUAUUAUUAUAAUAGUGUCCAGAGGCCCCAGCUGCGAUUGUAGGGCCCCAUUGUGCCAAGUGCUGUACAAACACAUUUAAGAAUUUUAUUAAGAUGAUGUUAAAAUAAAAAGAAAAUGGUACAGAGUUUAAGCGUAGAAGUUUCUGGUUAUCAGGGAAUAACGUACAGAUUAUAAAACAAUCCCUGUCCCAAAGAGUUCACAUCUUGAGGCCCUGAACCUGUGAACACUUGCAAACAUG